UUAUGGAUUACAAGACUGCAGUACUUUUUGCAACAUUAAUCUUGGAUUUACUUUCGUGUUUCGUGCAAGCUCAACAACGUCCACGAAUUACGGAACAUCCAACGGAUGCAGUGGCAGCCAAAGAAGAACCAUUAACGCUAAAUUGCAAAGCUACGGGUCGCCCGCCGCCCGAUAUCGUAUGGUUUCACAAUGGCGUGCCGCUUGUGCCAGACGAACGCAAGGUUAUUCUGCCAGAGGGUUCAUUAUUUUUUCUGAGGGUAAUGCAAAAUAAACGAGAACAGGAUGCCGGCGUUUAUUGGUGUGAGGCGAGGUCAGCAGCUGGCAGUGUCUCGAGCAGAAAUGCAACACUACAGAUAGCAAUGCUACGAGAUGAGUUCCGCAUUGUGCCACCGAAGAAUACAGUAGCAAUAGUUGGGGGACCUGUGAUUUUGCCGUGCAGUCCUCCGAGAGGCAUUCCAGAACCAUCGGUGCUGUGGAGUAAGGAUGGAAAGUCGCUGGAUUUGGGAGGAAAAAGACUUUCUCUCGUCGAUUCCGGCAGCUUAAUGAUCUCCGAAGUGCAAGCAAGCGACGCCGGUUCAUACGAAUGUUCAGCCCAAAGUAUGGCAGGCAGUCGAACAGCACCUCCUGCAAUGCUCAAAGUUCUUGCGCCGCCAACUGUCAUCCGAGGACCUCACGAUACGGAAGUCAUUGAAGGCGAAGGCUUCGAUUUACCCUGCGAACUUGCCGGAGAUCCCGUUCCUACUGUUUCUUGGCAUCGCGAGAUUGGAAAUUUACCGGAAGGAAGAUCGCGCGUCUUACUUGACAACACAUUGCGCAUCGAGGAUGCACGUCCCGAAGAUCAAGGGCAGUACAUUUGCAAGGGACAAAAUGAGGGAGGAAAUGUUUCAAUUACUGUCAUGCUGCAUGUGUAUGCUGUGCCAACAUUCGUCGAGGCACCUGCUGAUGUCACCGCAAAAGAAGGCGAAACCGUGAAAAUGCCUUGUCGUGCACAAGGACGCCCGCGCGUUCGUGUCGUGUGGGAUCGCGUUGGUCGUUUCACUCACGAAGAGCCCAAAAUUUCGUUCAGCACGCGCAACGACCUGCUCUCGAACACGAAAAUGUCGCCGCUACGAACGAAACGCAACGGCAACAACGAGACAACAGCAACGCCAACGACAAAUGUCACAACAACAAUGGCAGCAAAUGAAGAAAACCACGACGAUGCACGUACAAAGCGUGAAAUAAAUGGCUUGCACAUUGUCAACUUGCAUGAGGAGCAAUUUGAUGAUGAAUCGGUGCGACACAAACGUGUUCCCACGCGUGAUGCCAUUUCACUGUUGGAUGAAUUUGAUCAGAUAAUGCGCGAUAAGUCGGACAAUUUUUCUGCUGACGACGAUGCGGAUGCGGGAAAUACUGCCGCUGCCAUGGCGGGAAAGACGUUCCGUCGACGACGCACCGAGGAAGAAAUUCAGGAAAUUAUGCGAGCGUCGGCAGCGAAACGCGCAAAACGCGACAUCAGUGUCAGUGGCGUCUCAGAUCCCUCAAAUGUGCAUUUUUCAACGCCGAGCACCAUCAGCAAUUAUUUAGAAAUCAACGAGAACGGUGACCUACUUUUGCGUGACGUUACUCAUAAUGAUCAGGGAUGGUAUGCAUGCGCUGCAUUAAAUGAAGCCGGAAGCAUUGUGAAGAAAGUGUUUGUACGUGUAAUGAGUAAAGAUGAGACGGAUGACGAGGAAAUGGAUAUGGCGAGUAUUCCCGAGCCGCAAGGGAGUCGUUGGGGAUCUGCCCUCAACAUCAUGAUAACGGCUGUCGUAUCAACGUCAUACAACUCUCUGGACGUCUAUUGGGAAACGUCGGAAAAUCUCCAUACGGGUCCCGUUACGCUGUAUUACAGACCCGUGCCUGCUGUCUUGCCAAACGUGAAUAAUGUCUCGCCUCGGGGCGCGUACAAAUCACAAGCUGCCGCUUUGGAUACAAAGGAGCACACGUUGAACGACUUGAAGCCGUACACGGAAUACGAGAUUUUUGUGGCGGCGCCCAAGGGUCUCGGCGGAAUGGUGUCAAACAUUAGAAAACGACGAACAAUGCCAUCUGCACCGUCGGCACCGCCAACUGACAUAAAAGUCGGCAUCAUUAAUACGACGGCAGCUUUUGUGCGAUGGUCUCCGCCGCCAUCGCACUUGCUGAAUGGAGAAUUAACUGGAUACAAGAUCCAGAUAAAAUCCAAUGCAACUAACAAAUUACUGGGGCAAAUGUCUCUGAACGCAACCACACAAUCUGUCGUAAUUAAUAGUUUGAGUCCCGGAGGACGAUAUAUCGCACGAGUUGCGGGCGGAACAGCAGGAGGAUAUGGUCCGUAUUCGCCUCCAGCUGCCCUUCACAUGGAUCCGUCUUUCAUUAUUCGACCAGCAACAUCUGAUCCAAAUUCUGGAUUUUGGACUGCUGGUUGGCUGUCAUUCAUCGCUCUCGGCGCUUUGGGUGCCAUUUUGCUUGGCGGCGCUGUUUUCGCCAUCGUUUGGGCUCGCAAGAACAAACGCAACAUGAAAGCUUCCUAUCCGGGCGUAACUGGCGUCACAGGAACCAUGAUUCCCGACAAACAACACACCCUUUGGUUACACGGAAAUUCCCUCGUGAAACCCACACAUUCGCUCGCACAAAUUUCCGAAUAUGCCGAAUUAACAAAUCAUCAAAACGGCACUGCCAAAAUACUCAACAACUCACAUCCGGAGCCAUAUGCGACAGUGACGCUGCAACGUGGCGGUCAAACGAGCGACGAUUCGUGUGUCAAAUGUUCCCAAUCGCCAAGCAGUAGUGAGUACAAUGCGCCGCUACGGGAACCCCUGAACUUGCAAGAUAUGUUACCGCCGCCUCCCGAUCACCCGUAUGGCUCUUACAUGCCAAUUAACACGACAAACAUGACAAUUCGUCACAAUCCGCUGAACCCGAAUCCGAUAUCGCCGCAAGUGGGACGUCGCAUGCCUCCGCAUCCGCCACGAUGGGUGCCCAAUAGCAUGCAUAACACGUCGCAAACGAUGCAUCACAAUCACGCGAGCAUGCAUCAUCCCCCACCUAUCCCGAAUUUCCCACAGAAUUGGAUGCAACAGCAACGCUUGAAUGCCGGGCUCGACAUAAAUCCGCCCGAAGUGUAUUCCGAGAACGACUACGAGAGCGGAUCCGUGCUUUAUGAGCAAUGUUAUCGUCCCGACCCGAAUCCAGAGUUCUUUAAUAGGGGCGGCGAACCAACCGAGGAGUUUUAUCGUAAUGUCAACAUGGAAUUUUAUGGCGAUUAUUACGACGAGGAACAUCCGGCGUCGCCUCCAGGUCCCGCACCAAGCGACUAUCCAAGUAAUAACUCAAACUUAAGACUGUUGGGCGGCAAUCAAGACAGCCCAGUUAACUCACGUAAGCAAUCUAGAAGUACCGCAAGUACACAAAGUGCUCAAAGCUCAGAUACGGAAAGCGAUGACGAUGCCGGAGGCGCUGCCGAUCAUCGAUGGACAUCGCGUCCCGGGCGUCGAAGUCGCAGCAGAUCGAAAAGUAACGAUAGGAAAUACCGAACGAAUCGAUAAGCUGUGUGUCGACAUGCUGUUGCGGAGAGAGAAAAAACUUUCUGUGCCAUACCAACUCUCCGCAAAUAGAAAAAAACACAAAAAUCAA